AUGCCGGUGAAGGUGUUGGAUUUCUGGGGGAGCCCAUUCGCGGCGAGGGUGCGUGUGGCGCUUGCCGAGAAAGGGGUGAGCUACGAGACUCAAGAGGAAGACUUGUUUGGUGGGAAGAGUGAUCUGCUCCUCCAAUCCAACCCUAUUUAUGAAAAGGUUCCCGUCCUUCUUCACGAUGACAAACCUGUUCUCGAAUCCUCCAACAUUGUCUAUUACAUCGACGAGACCUGGCCCAGCCCUCAGCUGUUGCCUGCUUCCUCUUACGACCGAUCCAGGGCUCGUUUCUGGACCGACUUCAUUGACAAGAAGGUACAUGAUGUUGGUAGGAACAUUUGGAUGGGGAAAGGGGCCGAGGUGGAGGCGGCCAAGGAUGAAUUCAUCGACGUUUUGAAGAAGCUGGAGGGUGCCUUGGGCGACAGGGAGUACUACGGUGGCGAUCAAUUCGGGUUUUUGGAUAUCAUAUUCGUGUCGUUGUCGUGUUGGUUCCCAAUCUACGAGAAGUACGGAGGUUUCAAGGUUGAGGAAGAGACUCCUAAGAUUGGUGCAUGGCUUAAAAAGUGCUACAAAAGGGAAACUGUCUCAAAAUCAAUGCCAGAUUCUCAAAAGGUUAUUGAGUUCGUGGGCAUGAUGAGAAAGAUGCACGGGAUUGAAUGA